AUGGCAGCGACCAUUUGGAAAACGCCGGGCGGAAGCGCAAGCGAUGGCGGAAGCGUUGGCGCAGGGGAGAAGAAACGGAGUGAGGCAGAUGACGCAGUGGGGGAAAAAAGUGGGGGAGUGGGGGGAGGAGAAGGGGGAGGAGAUGCCGGCAAUUAUCUGAUAGACCCGGGAGACGGCACUAGCGGGGACCGCGCGGAAUUCCCACCCGCGGAGCUCUUCACCGCGCGGAACUUCCCCGUGAGGCUGCCGCGGCGGAAGGGGAGGCGGAGAAAGGGCGAUCGGGAGGAGGAUGUGGGAGGAAAGACGAACCCAGGCACGGUGGAAGGCGGUUCGGUGGGGCAAGAUUCUUGGGUGCUCCCAGUAACGGGGGAUGGUUUUCCUAUGACACCGUACCAAGAUGUGAUUGAAGCGGGGGAGAAGAACGUGGACUGUCCGUACCGGUCGCGCGGCGCGGGAGAGAAUCUGUACAGAUGCGCCAUGGGUUACGCCGCACUUGCCGGCGUGACUGGCGGGCUGGGGAAGCCGGUUUAUGUGGUUACCAGUGACGUGGAUAGGGCCGAGGACGUUCCGGAAGGCUCGCUAAGAUGGGGUUUAAGUAAUUAUCCUGAGGGUGUGAUUAUACGCUUUAAUAGCUCGAUGCUGAUUAGCUUACAGAAGCGGCUGUUUCUGCAGUCGCACGUGACGAUCGACGGUCGCGGCGCGAAUGUGAUUAUACGCGGAGGCAUGGUUCUGCAGAACAUCACGAAUGUGAUCAUACACAACGUGGCGAUCGGCGAUCAGCGCGGGGAUCAUGACGUGGUGCACAUUGCAGGCACGACGCGCGUGUGGGUGGACCACUGCCAGGUGUACAAGGCCAUACGCGGUACAGUGGACGCCGUUUACGGCUCAACGGACAUCACCAUCAGCAAUUCGUAUAUUAGCAACCGCAACCUCACCAUGCUGCUGGGUGCGGAGGACGACGGGGUGUACGACGUGGACAUGCGGGUGACCCUCUACCGCAACUGGUUUGACAAGUCGGGGCAGCGGCAGCCCAAGGCGCGGUGGGGCAAGGUCCACGUGGCCAACAGCCUCUACUCCAAGUGGUCCUAUUACUGCCUCGGCGGCCGUAUGUACGCUGCAAUUCGCUCCGACCGUAAUAUCUUUAUCGCUGGAGACGCGCGAAAAGAACUCACCCCGUGGUUUGGGGAACGCGCCCUUUGGACGGAGGGGUUUGAUACGACUCCCGUGAUCCGGUCGUUUGGGGAUUUGCUGGUCAAUGGAGCGACUUUUACCGAGUUUAACGCGGAUUUGUCGAUUUUCGACCCGCCGUAUCGGCUGCCGAUGCACACUGCGGAUAGAGAGCUCACGCACUUUAUACGCGUUAAUGCAGGGCCUAGAAACGGGGAUGUUCCUGAGCUGCUGUGCACGCCUCAAACCUGCUUCCAGUGA